CGGGAUGUGCGAGCCCCCUCGCCCACCACUCGCCCCCGCUGCUCUCCUCAGGGCUCCUUGGACUGCCCCAACCUGGAGUUUGGAUACGGGGAUGCCGACGGCCACAGCGCGGAGCUGUCAGAGCUGUACAGCUACACCGAGGAGCCCGAGUUCAGCACCAACAGGAGAUGCUUCGAGGAGGAUUUUCGCACCCAAGUGCGGGGACGGCGGUGGCUGGAGCUGGACGGGGCGCAGCAGAAGGCCUACGUCAUGCACCUGCUGGAUGGGCUGGAGGUGGUCAACAGGGACAAGCGGCUCAAGGUAGCACGGGCCAUCCUGUACCUGGCGCAGGGCGUGUUUGGAGACUGCGAUAACGAAGGCGAUGUCCUGCACUGGUCUCGGCACAACAGCUUCCUCCUCUACCAGCUGGGAACCUUCACCGCCUUCCUGGAGCUGCUCAACAUGGAGAUCGACAACAGCCAGGCCUGCAGCAGCGCCCUGCGGAAGCCGGCCAUCUCGCUGGCCGACAGCACCGAGCUCAGGGUGCUGCUCAGCGUCAUGUACCUGAUGGUGGAGAACAUCCGCGUGGAGCACGAGUCGGAUCCCCCGGAGUGGAAAAGCUGCCGGGAGACCUUCAGGAUGGAGCUGGGGUUCCCCGUGCGCACCGAAGAGCCGUUUGCUCUUCUGCUCUUCACGAUGGUGACCAAGUUCUGCAGUGGCCACGCUCCCCACUUCCCCAUGAGGAAGGUCCUGCUCCUGCUCUGGAAGGUGCUCCUGUUCACGCUGGGAGGAUUUGAAGCCCUGCAGGCGAUGAAGGUGAGGAAGAGGGAGGAGCUGGGCCUGCCGCCCCUGCCGGAGGACAGCAUCCAGGUGAUGCGCAGCAUGCGCGCCGCCUCGCCUCCCACCUACUGCAUCGAGCUCGUGGAGCAGCAGAAGCGAGGGCACCGGAGCCGGCGGCCCCUGAUGAAGCAGGACAGUUUGGAUAUCUACAACGAGAGAGACCCCUUCAAGAACGACGAAGCAGGAAUCGACGAAGAAGAGGGUGACGACGUGGACAGCGGGAUUGAGGGGGAGCUGGACCUGAUGGAGCGGGAUGCGAUUAUCCCCGCAAUGCCAGCCCAGCGCCCACCUAUUGAAAGGGUGUCGUUCCCCAAAGGCCUCCCCUGGGCCCCCAAGGUCAGACAGAAAGACAUCGAGCAUUUCCUGGAGGCAAGCCGGAACAAAUUCAUCGGCUUCACUCUGGGACAAGACACCGAGACCCUGAUAGGGCUUCCACGGCCAAUUCACGAAAGCGUGAGGACGCUGAAGCAGCACAAGUACAUUUCCAUCUCGGACGUCCAGAUCAAGAACGAGGAGGAGCUGGAGAAGUGCCCCAUGUCUCUGGGGGAAGAGGAAGUCCAAGAAACCCCUUGUGAGAUCUUGUAUCGAGCCAUGCUAUACAACCUCCCCCAGUACAUGAUAGCUUUGCUGAAGAUCCUCCUUGCUGCAGCGCCUACCUCCAAAGCCAAGACCGACUCCAUCAACAUCCUGGCAGACGUGUUGCCGGAAGAGAUGCCCAUCACCGUCCUGCAGAGCAUGAAGCUGGGCAUUGAUGUGAACAGACACAAGGAGAUUAUCGUGAAGAGCAUCUCGGCUUUGCUGCUGCUGCUCCUCAAGCACCUCAAGCUCAACCACAUCUACCAGUUUGAGUACGUGUCCCAGCAUUUGGUGUUUGCCAACUGCAUCCCGCUGAUCCUGAAGUUCUUCAACCAAAACAUCAUGUCUUAUAUCACUGCCAAAAACAGCAUCUCAGUCCUGGAUUAUCCGCACUGUACGGUCCACGACUUGCCCGAGCUCACUGCAGAAAGCCUGGAAGCCGGAGACAACAACCAGUUCUGCUGGAGAAACCUAUUCUCCUGCAUCAACCUGCUGAGGAUCCUCAACAAGCUGACCAAGUGGAAACACUCGAGGACGAUGAUGCUGGUAGUCUUCAAGUCGGCCCCGAUACUGAAGCGAGCGCUGAAGGUGAAGCAGGCCAUGAUGCAGCUCUACGUCCUCAAACUGCUCAAAAUCCAGACCAAGUACCUGGGGCGCCAGUGGAGGAAGAGCAACAUGAAAACCAUGUCCGCCAUCUACCAGAAGGUGCGGCACCGCAUGAACGACGACUGGGCUUACGGCAACGAUAUCGAUGCCAGACCGUGGGACUUCCAGGCUGAAGAAUGCACCCUGAGAGCCAACAUCGAAGCCUUCAACAGCCGGAGGUACGACAAGCCCCAGGACUCGGAGUUUGCGCCGGUGGACAACUGCCUGCAGAGCGUGCUGGGCCAGCGGCUGGAGCUCCCCGAGGACUUCCACUGCUCCUAUGAGCUGUGGCUGGAACGGGAGGUGUUCUCCCAGCCCAUCCGCUGGGAAGAGCUGCUGCACUACCAGUGAGAGCCACCCCGUCACCUGCCACCGUCCCACCCUGGUGAGGACCCCAGGGCUGAGGAAGGUGAUUUUGGACCUGGGGGUUCUUGAGUAAGACUGGAAAAAAAUGACCAUCUUUCUAAAGAGGCCAGGCCUCACUGUAUCUACCCAAGCCCCCCUGGUACGCAACUGUCAUCUCUUUGGAGGUCUUCCUUUUGGGGUGACCUCUUGGAGACAGUGUGGUAGCAAUGAACCCACACAGCGGCCAAGGGCCGGGUUUCAGCAUCAUGCUGGUGGCAGUGUCAGCAGCAUCCUCACCCGUUUUUCACUCCAAAUUUACACCAGUGCACGAGAGAUCAGAGUCUGGGCUGUCCCUUUGCUUGGUUCACGCGUGCAAGUUUGUCCUAAGAGAAUCUGAGCUGUGGAAGGUCUCCAUCUUCCCCAAACGCCCCAUGCUGUGCUCGAUUUUUUUUCAUUUAUCCAGUUACGGAGGUCCAAGAACGUGCUCCAGACACCCCAGUGCUGUGAGCAAGAUGCCCUGGUUCCCUGACGAAGUGGAAAAUAGGUGGCACUCGGUGGCGAUCUCGAGCACAGGUGACAAGUUGACUUGGCCAACGGAGAUGAUAUUACCACUUGUCCCCAGGCUAGUACUGCUGCUGGGAUUGUGCAGCCUGAGGUGGAGACGUUCUUCUGUAACUGAUGAUUUUGCACCCUUCACGAGGGAUAGUAAUUACCUUUUCCACUGCUCCACUUUGCUUCACCACUUCAUUCACUUGUAUUGGAGUAAGGUGCACAGUGAGCUGUGCGUUGCUUAGAGCUGCCGAGGACGUUGAUUGCCAUCUCUCUCUCCACCUGGAAUGAGCCCAGAAUUAUUGGCACAGAAGUUACAGACCCAAACUACAAGACGUCUGAAAGUGCCACGUAAAGGAUUACUUCCUCAUCCAUCAAGAUGCUCCAUUAAAACGUCCAUGCAGGGAAACAAAGUGCAGCAGGCUGAUUGGUUUUGAAGGAUAAGUACCGCAACAUUAGGUUUCCAGGUUGCUUUCUUCACUGCUCUUUAGCCCUUCUAGCCCUAGAGCAGAAAGUAAAUGCCCCAUCUUCCUGAAAAUAACCUGAUUUUUGCACAGGUUUUUGGCUUUUUCCUCUAAGUGGGAAGGAAGAGUGCUUUGGGUAACACUUUGCUGCCAUCACAUGAUGAAAACAGCAGAUGCUGCAGUCCAGAAUUCACAGUGUGAAUAGCAAACUGAGCUGUGAGCUUUCUAUAGCAAGGAAAAACCCUCGUGGGCAGGGGAUAACCCACUGAGUGAGCCUCUGCUCAGCGCCCUGCGUCCUUUCUCCUCAGCCAGCAGCCCUCGUGCAAGGCUUCCUCGUGCUUCCUUCAGGAUCCUGACGGGGUCUGAGAAUUCUUACCUUUUUCUACAAAAUGCUGUCGGUCCAGCACAGGGAAUCCCGGGGCUAACGUUUCCUCCCUUACGAAACCAGAUCUGGUGUCAAAGAAAAACGUGUUAAUAUAGCAUGGGCAAAAUUUGGCUCCCUUUUAGCUGUAUCGAUGUAGCAAGCGCACAAGUGAUAAAGUCACGGGUAUUUGUUGUGGCAGGAUUCGUGCUUAGUGCUGUAGAAUUAAACUGGGAAUGUUUCCUCAAUGUGGUUUGCAAAAGACAUUUUUCAAGGAAAUAGCAUUAGUAAACCUGCUCACCUUUUAAAAAAAGGCUUUUGUUCAAAAUAAACCAGAGCAACUUCUGAAGUUCA